UUCAACGUGGUAGCAGCAGCAAAGCUCAACCCCAUGGCUGUUGCAGCAUUGCUUGCACUGUGGCUUUCAGCUCUUUGCUUGGGUGUUAGGCCUCAGCUUUACAAUGUUGUUGAUUAUCAAGCCACUGGAAAUGGAAAUUCGGAUGAUACCCAUGCAUUGUUAAAAUCUUGGAGAGCAGCCUGCGCAGACUCUGGAGAUCCGACUUUUCUCAUUCCUUCCGGAAAGACAUUCUUAUUGUUCGACGGAAUAACCUUUAAAGGCCCAUGCAAUUCCAGCAUUCAUGUUCAGGUGAGUGGAAACAUCAUAGCUUUAGACGGGCUAUGGACGAACGGAGCGGCAAGCUUGAUCACGUUUCGCGACAUAAAUAGCCUGACGGUCCACGGGGGAGGCCAGAUCGACGGCCAAGGCCCCGUCUGGUGGAAAUGUGUGGCCGAAAAUAGCUGCACCCGGCCGCCUCACACGUUAUCGUUCAUCGGGUGCGAUGACCUGCGAGUGAGCGGAAUAAAGAUAAAAGACAGCCCCGCCCAGCAAAUGACGAUAGACACGUGUGUGGGGGUCCACGUCGAAGGUGUCACCAUAACGGCACCCGGCGACAGCCCAAAUACGGACGGCAUUCUCAUCGCGCACUCCCAGCACGUACUCAUCACCGCUUCAAUCAUUGGAACAGGGGACGAUUGCAUAGCGAUUGGGCCGGGCAGCUCAGAUGUUAACAUCACUCACAUCAUGUGUGGACCCGGUCAUGGUAUCAGCAUUGGAAGUCUGGGAAGAGAUGGUGAGGAAUCUACGGUUGAGAAAAUUCUUGUCGCCCAUUGCCAUAUAUUUCAAGCUAUGACGGGUGUGAGGAUCAAGACGUGGCAGGGAGGGUCGGGCUUCGCGAGGGAAAUCUUGUUUGCGCACAUUAACUUCACUUCAGUCAAGACCCCCAUAGUCAUUGAUCAAUACUACAACCCUGAUGGGCAAAGAUCUGCUGAGUCAUCAUCCGUGGCAGUAAGCAAUGUGCGUUUUGUGGAUUUACAUGGGUCAUCUGUGCAAGAGGUGGCCAUCAGCCUUGUUUGUAGCAAAGACAUACCUUGCGAAGGCAUUGUGAUGAAGGAUGUCAGUCUCUACUGGGAGGGUAGCGACGAUCCAGCAAAAUCCUCGUGCCACAAUGCCCAUGUUAAUUCAAUAGGUAAGGUCAUCCCACAAAUUCAAUGCCUCAACUAGCCGAGGCUCCAUUUGUAACAUUGAA